AUGGAAAUUGAUGAAAAAUUAGCAGAAACCAUAAAUCAAAUAUUUGUAGACGCAAUUCAGAACAACAGUAUGUCUGAAAUUGCCUCUUUGAUAAUUCAAUAUCUUGGCAAUACAAAAAAAGAACAUGAAACAUUGUUUAAAUCCUUGUUACUUGCAAAUCAAAGAGGUAAAUUUUUUACGUUGCGUGGUUUUUGUGAAGAUAAUGGAAUCGGAACAUUGUGGAAUCCUAAACGAGCAUUCGAAUUUUUCAAAACAGGAGCAUCAUCUGGAGAAACAAGUGCAUAUCGUUUCAUGGCAUAUUGUUUCCUUGAGGGAAUUGGCACAAAUAAAGACGAAAAAGAAUAUUUUGAAUGGACAAAAAAAUAUGCGGAAACAGGUAGUCCUAUGGGAUAUUUCAGACUUGGAGUGUCUUUUGAAGAUGGAAUUGGAACUGAUAUCGACCUGACAUCUGCUUUUCAAUGGUACGAAAAAUCCGCGCACGCUGACAAUCCAUUUGGUCAAUUACAUCUGGCCGUGUCAUACAUGGAUGGAUUAGGCACAGAAAAAAAUCAGAAUCUAGGAUUCGAAUGGAUGAAAAAAGUCGCUACCUCAGAAAGAACUAGUCCAGAAGCACAAUAUAAUCUAGCAACGUAUUAUUUCAAGGGAUUUGGAACAGCGGUAAAUUAUGAAUCAGCGUUUUACUGGUAUAGGAGGUCCACAUUACUCGGCGAUCCUGACGCGGCAUAUCAUCUUGGAAAACAGUAUUUCGAUGGUCAAGGAACUGACAUACAUCAGAAUAAAGCUUUUCGAGCGUGGAUGAAAGCUGCACAUCUCAAAGGCGCUAAACAUGAAUUGGCUGUUUGUUAUGAUGAGGGAGAAGGUACAAACAAAGAUAUGCAUGAGGCUAUCAAAUGGUACAGGAGAGCAAUUUCAGUUGGACAUGCUUAUUCUUUUAAUUGUUUAAAAUUAGUUUUUCGUAAUAUAAGAUUUCACUAA